AGGGCAGAACGCCAGGCUCGUUCAAGAGGGUCGCCCUCUUUUGCGCCAAGAAGAAGGCAGCUUUCCAACCUCGCUUUCUUUCUUCUUCUUCUUUUAAAUCCGAGCGUAAGCGCCUUCAGUCCAAAACGGUCCCGGCUGCCGGCUUCCAAGCGGGAGAAGCCCGAAGCUGAACAAAGGAGAGGAAAACAAACCCCAGUGCCGCUUGCCACAAGCGCGGUUGAAGAAGCAGCGCCGCUUUGACAGCGAGGACAUUUUCCAGCAGACCGACAUUGUCGACCGGCGGAGCGGGGCGGAAGGGGAGGGGGGGAAACUGCCUUGGGAUCCCUCCUCCUCUCCCCUCGCUGUGCUCUGCGCCGGUGGGUGGGUGGUUUUUCAUUCGCGCAAAAAGAAAGGGGAGGGUGUGCGUGUGGAUAUGUGUGGAUGAUUCUUGGAUAGGAUCCCGUUUUUAUUUUCGGUCAAUAAGACCCGAAGGUUAUUGUGAGAGCGAGGGGCCUCCUGCGGUACCAGCAGCGUGCCUGCGCGAGUGGGCGGAGGUAAAGGGGGCUGCUGGGGGGUGCUUUCCCCUCCUUUUCAACGGGGGAAUUCAAUGGCCACGGCCGCGGAGCGUUGGUGAUUUCGGGAGAGGCGCUUCGACUGCUGCAAUGCUGCCGGCGGCGCUGCUGAAAGGAGGGAUCUGAGCGGCGAGGAAAGAGGCUGGAGGAGCAACCCGGCCAGAAGUACCAUCCAGACCGCAUCCCCCCACCCCCCUUCCUUUCUCCGUCCUUCCGACUUCCUCUGCUUGGAUCGGCUUUGGGACUCCGGGGGAUUCGGGGUCGCCGGUUUAAUUAGCUCGGACAGGUGGCCGAUCUGAGGUCCGUCUUCCCCCUGCUGUUUUGCCUAGCCCCGCUUCGCCCUGCCGCUUCGGCGACCCCUCCAAGGCCGUUGGAGAAUGGCUACCCUCCUCCGGAAAAUCGGGCUGAUUCGCCUUCACAAUAGGGACACGGAGGACCCCAAGCACCACCAUCACCGGCGCGGCAGCUUCCAGCAGGGCUCCUCGUUGCGAGGCAAAAGCAACCAUAAGAAUAAGCAGCAGCUGCAAGCCACGCCGGCUAGCGGCUGCGGCAGCCCCAGCAGAGAGAGCUGCAGCAGCCCAGGCGGUAGCCCCGCUCGCAACAAGCCCAAGAAGGUCUUGGAGCUGGCGAAGCAGCAGCCGCCGUCCUACAACGCCGGGAAAGAAAAAGCGCAGCAACCCGGAGGCGGCAAGGAGGCGGGCUCCGGGAAGGAGCAACCUUCAGGAGGAGGCAGCGGCGUUAACCGCUCCGGCUCGGCCCUGGUUUCCACGGCUUUGGUGCCGGCUAGCCGGCAGGCGCACUGCACACAAGUGCGCACCCGACGGCUAAUGAAGGAGCUGCAGGACAUCGCCCGCCUGAGCGACCGCUUCAUUUCGGUGGAGCUUGUGGACGAGAGCCUCUUCGACUGGAACGUGAAGCUGCACCAGGUGGACAAGGACUCGGUGCUGUGGCAGGACAUGAAGGAGACCAACACUGAAUACAUCCUUCUCAACCUCACCUUCCCAGACAACUUCCCCUUCGCGCCGCCUUUCAUGCGGGUGCUCAGCCCGCGCUUGGAGAACGGCUACGUCCUCGAUGGCGGAGCCAUCUGCAUGGAGCUGCUCACUCCCCGAGGAUGGUCAAGCGCCUACACCGUUGAGGCUGUCAUGCGCCAGUUUGCCGCUAGCCUUGUGAAAGGCCAGGGACGCAUCUGCAGAAAAGCUGGAAAAUCUAAAAAGUCCUUUAGUCGUAAGGAAGCUGAAGCAACUUUUAAGAGCUUGGUGAAGACCCAUGAAAAAUAUGGAUGGGUCACUCCUCCCGUGUCUGACGGCUGAUACAACUUGCAACCCACUCAUCAGACGCUAAACAACACAACUCAACCACAAAAACGAAGUACUUUUUGACAUUUUCUCGAUGCUGUAUACCACAUCCAUCCUUUUCUACUUCAGCUUCUGUUAAGUAUCAUGAAUGUCAUGGAGACAUCCAAAUUAUUUAUGAGCAGAUCUGUUUACAAAGGAAAGGAAGGGAAAUGCUGUAGAAGAUUAUAUUUUGAAACUGGUGAAUGAUCGAUGGAUCAUCUUACGUCACUUUAGUGCAGAUGCUGAGAUCACUUGCCCCUGUCAACCAUGUUCCCCUUCUUCCAUCUGAGCCACAUUGUCACCUGCUUUUUCCCAUGGCACAGCAGCAGCAACUGGUGGUAGUGGAAAUUCCAUCCAUUGAUGCUUAAUUCAUUUAAAUGUGAAAUGAAGCCGUUAAUAUUUAAUUAGGGAAACAGUGCAUUGAAGAUCCAUGUUUGCUGUGCUGUUUUUAAUCUCUUUUUUCAAGCAGGUCAACUUACCUUGAAGAUGUGUUUUCUGUGGAGCUGUGGUCUGCUGUGGCUGAAUUUUAGACCUCAUUUGUGCUCUGUAACAUGACCUUAUGUUCAUUUUUAAGAAAAGUCAGGAUCCAAGCAAAGACACACAGACUAGUAGUUAAAACAAAAAGCACUCCGUUGGUCAAAGUGUGCUAGCUAUGUGAUAUGUGGAGUGCAAUUGUUCACCAGUUAAAAUCGGUCUGAUCUCAUGAAGGUCAGGUAGAAAUUAGAGGAGCCCAUAAGUGGGAGAUUGCAAGGAACUGGUGGCCAAACAAUUCUCAUCUUCCCAGUAGGGUGAGCAUAUUUUCCUGUUCACUUCUGCAAUGGCCAAAAGUAGAUUGCGGAAGGCUUAACCUUAAAUGCAUGGUAUUCAGCUUGAAAUGAUAGACCUGUUACAAAAGCUAAGUCAGAUUUUUUUUUUUAAUGAGGCAUCUUUAGGAUUAUUUGCAUGCCUGAAUUUCCUUUUGGCAACAUAAAAAUCAAGUACAUUUGAGUCCCGUGUCAGAAACGUAUAUAAAUGUCCAGCAGGUACUAAGGAUUCACAUUCCUUCUUAUAUUAAACUGAUUUUUAAAACUUCCUAUAGUGUUCUGAGGAAUACAAAGGGUGAAUCUGAAAUGUGGAACCCAAAUGGAAAAUUGCAUUGGACCCAUUCUAAAUAAAAUCAGUUGAACCAUU